UAGAGCAAAGCUCCUUUCUUAGCACCUGUGUUGUGAGGUUUUGGGAUGUGCCUUUCUUUCUUGGGCAGCAGCACACAUCUUGACCGCUUUUCUUGAGCAUCUUUUAGUUUUAUUGAGUAUUUUUUAAGUUGAGCUUGUCUGAGCUCGAUUGCUUACGUCUGACACAGUCUCAAGUUUCCAGUGAAUGGUAACAAAGACUGUAGAGUGUUGUUGGUACUGCAGUGAGAGGCAUGCUUCCUUAGACCAGGUAACAUUUCACUUGUUGCCUUUCCAGUUUCAAGCACCAACUCACCAACAAAGAUUUUACCGAAAACCUUAGGGCCAAUAAAUGUGAAUGUUGGACCCCAAAUGAUUAUAAGCACACCACAGAGAAUUGCCAAUUCAGGAAGUGUUCUGAUUGGGAGUCCAUAUACCCCUGCACCCGCAAUGGUCACUCAGACUCACAUAGCUGAGGCUGCUGGCUGGGUUCCCAGUGAUAGAAAACGAGCUAGAGAAUUUAUAGACCCUGACUUUUCAGAAAGUAAACGAAGCAAAAAAGGAGAUAAAAAUGGGAAAGGCUUGAGACAUUUUUCCAUGAAGGUGUGUGAGAAAGUUCAGCGGAAAGGCACAACGUCAUACAAUGAGGUAGCUGAUGAGCUGGUAUCUGAGUUUACCAACUCAAGUAACCAUCUGGCAGCUGAUUCGCAGGCUUAUGAUCAGAAGAACAUUAGACGAAGAGUUUAUGAUGCUUUAAAUGUGCUAAUGGCGAUGAACAUAAUUUCAAAGGAAAAAAAAGAAAUCAAGUGGAUUGGCCUGCCUACCAAUUCUGCUCAGGAAUGCCAGAACCUGGAAAUAGAGAAGCAGAGGCGGAUAGAACGGAUAAAGCAGAAGAGAGCCCAGCUACAAGAACUUCUCCUUCAGCAAAUUGCUUUUAAAAACCUGGUACAGAGAAAUCGACAAAAUGAACAACAAAACCAGGGCCCUCCAGCUGUGAAUUCCACCAUUCAGCUGCCAUUUAUAAUCAUUAAUACAAGCAGGAAAACAGUCAUAGACUGCAGCAUCUCCAGUGACAAAUUUGAAUACCUUUUUAAUUUUGAUAACACCUUUGAGAUCCAUGACGACAUAGAGGUACUGAAGCGGAUGGGAAUGUCCUUUGGUCUGGAGUCAGGCAAAUGCUCUCUGGAGGAUCUGAAAAUCGCAAAAUCCCUGGUUCCAAAAGCUUUAGAAGGCUAUAUUACAGAUAUCUCCACAGGACCUUCUUGGUUAAAUCAGGGACUACUUUUGAACUCUACCCAAUCAGUUUCAAAUUUAGACCCGACCACCGGUGCCACUGUACCCCAAUCAAGUGUAAACCAAGGGUUGUGCUUGGAUGCUGAAGUGGCCUUAGCAACUGGGCAGCUCCCUGCCCCAAACAGUCACCAGUCCAGCAGUGCAGCCUCUCACUUCUCGGAGUCCCGCGGCGAGACCCCCUGUUCAUUCAACGAUGAAGAUGAGGAAGAUGAAGAGGAGGAUCCCUCCUCCCCAGAAUAAAGACAGGAGAGAACUCAUGUUUUAAUAUUUGAUGCUCAUGUGUGUCUUUAGUGUGAGCUCUUGUGUUUUGAAAUGAUUGCUUCAGUCUUUGCCUUUGUUUGCAUUUGUGUUUAGUGAAAACUAGAGAAACACAAUAAGCAAAUCACAUGAAGGCUGAGAUGAUUGAACUGACUGAAAGUUCCCAUAGCGUGGAUGAAACCGAGCAGCAGAGCAGCAGGACAUGACCAACAAAGNGUGCUUUCUGAGGACGUGGAGAGCGGCAGUGACGAAGGUCAUUUGUUUUCAGGGAGGUAGGGUUUAAAGACCCCCAGUGGGAGCAUUUAGANGGCAGGCGGCUGCAAGGACUCUGCAUGGUGAUGGCUUCUCUCUAGCCCGCUGGCUUUGGUAGGCAAAAGUGAACUUGGAAGUCACAGUGGGAGUCAGAGGGUGCAGAUUGCAAUCCUUGUCGCCUGAGGAGCCGGGUGGACUGCUGAGCUAGUCCAGGGGUAGCCGGUCCCCUCAUGCAUCUGCUGCCUUAGCUUCUAGAACGGAGCAAGCGCUAACUUUUACGUACCUAGGUGACAUGUAGAAAAAUUUACAGUAAACUGAAAUGACCAUUUGUCAAUGCAUUGGUGCAUAGGAGUUACUAGGGCUACUUCUGGAAGCCAAAAUAGAAUAGCAUCUAUCUCCAUGUGCAUUACAGACUUCGCCAGCACUGCCUUUUGCCAGCAUUCUAAAUUUGGAGUUUUACUGAGAAGGAAACUGUUUUUAUAGUUUUAAUCGGAGCUAUGCAUUUCAUACAGCUUUUUAAUUUACAAUGAAACAAAGAAACAAAUUCCUUUGACCAAAUUGUUUGUCUAUAGUUGUCUGCAGUACUGUAUGAUUUUACCCAUGUGCAAUUUGUAAAAUGAACCAGAUGUCAUUACUCUUGUCUUUAUUUCAAGAAUAUGGCCAUCUCUGUUCUCUUA